AACUUAUUAGUUACUCGUCUCGGUUGUUUGUUCUCUCUGCCGCAAAAAAGAGAAAAAGUAAAAAAAGAAAAAAAAGAGAAGAUAUCGCUUCUGCAACUCUCCCAUCUCCAUCUGCAGAUUCUAUUACUCAUCAGGAACGCAAGGAUGGAUGAUAAACACGCGGAUAAGAAACCUGAAGUAAAACGAAAGGAAGAGGCUUUUUUCUUGGGGUAUCCCGAUUUGGUUACUUACCUCCCUAUGGGUCACACCUUGUGAGCUUAUUUGAGGAUCUGAAGUUGAUGCUGAAAGGUAUGAGGCUUAUGCAUGUGAACGAGAGAUUCAUUAAGGAGCACUUCAAAAUUGCUGGUGUACCCGAGGGAGAAAAUAGUUACACUCGUUACAACUCUUGGGAGGUUUACUUAACUUGGAGACCUGUUGUGGCUAUGAUAUUGGAGGGAGAUGAUGCUGUUGAUAAAGUUCGUCAAUUAACAUUGAAUGAGGAAUCAUCUCUUUUCUGGGACGAUGGGCCAACAUCUUAUAUCAGCAAGUCUGCUCCUGAAGCGUCACGAGAUAUUGAGCUGUGGUUUCGUAAAGAUAGUGAAGGCUGGUUAAAUGAAAUGAUUGGGAGUAAAGAUCUAAUAUACGUGCAUCCAGACAAAUCACAUGGCCCAUGGGAAUCAGCUUUUGAGAUGCUAAGGAAUGACGUCAUGUGUGAUCCUCAACCGGAUCUUCAGCAAUAUUGUACCAUGGCUGAGAUGUCUGUUCUCGUUAUCAAGCCUAAGGCUUUUGAUGAGUACUGUGUUGGUGAAAUUUUGAAGGCUUUUGAGUUCAGCAGUUUUGAAGUAAGAGGUUUGAAGGUUGUGAGGAAGGCUGAAUGUCCUGAAACCGCUGUAUGGUCGUGUGAAACUGACAGCAAUGCGCCUGCUCUUGCUAUAGUUGCUAAUUUUCUGUCCCCAAAGUUCGGAUUUACGCACGACAAACCAGAUGCCGAAGAUAUUGAUUUUAGCUCAGAAGUAUACCGAGUUGGCAGCAAUUACAUCUACAAAAGCGAGGUGGAUACCUUGUGUCGUGAUAUGACAGAUUUUUUUCCUUAUGGUUUGGUUCUUUGGGUUGAUCCCGAAUGCGAUCACGUGUGUGGCAAUAUGUUCGAGGCUUCCUUAAUUGGUCUCAAGACACAGGACUAAGUUUACACGUGAGGACACAUGUUUGUUAUAUUUGUUUUUAUUUGAUUAGUAGCCUGGAGGGUCUACUGGAGACUACUGUUGUUUCUCAAGUUUACUGGAGGGUCUACUGGAGACUUAUAUAGUUGUAUUCUUAAAAGUUAAACUUUGCACUAGUGAGUAGCGAGUGGAUUGCUGGUAAUGUUCUAUAUUCAGACUCAUAUAAGUAAGAAUUUAACCUCAAAAAAAA